UUCUCCUGUCAGAGCCUGAAGCAGCCGAGGUGAGCGGGGUCGACUUUGAGGACUUUGAAGCGCUGCAUAGGUGGAGUAAACCGAGCGGCGCGUGAAGAAACGGAAGAAACAAAGCGCAGGUGUGUCGGAUGAAAGAACAGGUAAGAAGCAGCAGCAGCAGCAGCAGCAGCAGCGAGGUCAAACUGGUACACCUUGCAUUCAUUCACAGAUGAGCUGGUGGAAAAGAACAAUAGGACGCAUAUUUCAUGAAUGAGUAACUGGUGUGAUUAACUACAAGUCCACCUGACGGGUUUUUAAAGUGCGUUCAUUUUGUCUGCCUGUCUGGACCGGUCCACAUUUGAUGUCACUGCUGGACUUUACACGCGGGGCUUGCAGGAACAGAUUUGGCCCGCCGGAGCAGCUCGGAUAAAACGUUUUUGUGAUGGAGUGGCGUGAGCAGUCCGCUGUCAGCUGUGACGAAGCCUACUCGGAGGCGCAGAGAUGGAUUGAGGCAGUAACCAAGAAAAAAUUUGGGAGCGACGACUUCCGAUCAGCGCUGGAGAAUGGCGUUCUGUUGUGUGAGCUGAUCAACAAGAUCAAGCCUGGUACCAUCAGGAGGGUUAACAAGCUGCCCACACCUAUUGCUGGACUGGACAACCUAAACGUCUUCCUCAAGGCCUGCGGGAAGCUCGGACUAAAGGAAGCACAGCUGUUUCACCCGGGAGAUCUCCAGGACUUAUCCACCAGAGUUACAGUCAAGCAUCAAGAGACCAACAGGAGGCUGAAAAAUGUUUUGAUCACCAUUUACUGGCUGGGGAGAAGAGCUCAGUGUGACCGCGUCUAUGAUGGACCUUACCUGAAUUUCAAGGCAUUUGAGGGAUUAUUGGGCACAGCACUAUACAAGGCUCUGCAGGAAUCGUCCAGUCAGAAAGGCAGCGUCCGAGACAGCGGUUUUGGAGACAGCUGGUACUCGGAGCGAGAGGAGUUCUUCCAACUGAGAGGAGGAGGAGGAGGUGGACACAGGAGAGACGACUCUUUGGACAGCUUGGACUCUUUGGGCUCCCGACCACAGAGCAUCUCGUCUGAUACCACUCUCAAAGGCGGCAGCAGUGAGGGUUGUUGCAGUGACACUGAGGCGGACUCUGUCUACAGGAUGGCUGAACACAAGGACAGUCUCAGUUACCGCCGGUCAGUAACCAUCACACCCAAGACCAGCACCCCGUUUAACCAGUUCCUGCCCACUAAAGACAAACCCUCAGGCUACGUGCCUGCUCCACUGAGGAAGAAACGGGCCGAACGCAAUGAGGAGAGCCGGCGUAGCUGGGCCAACCCCACGUACGGAGAGGAGGAGGGCACGCUCACCAGACAGCACCAAACGCAAGAGAGUAUCGACGGGAGUAAAUCGACUAACGAUAUCCAGGUCGACCCCGCCAUCAUCCGGCAGGUUCGCUAUGAAGAGCUGCAGAAGUAUCGUGAGCAGAUGAGGGACAGUGAGGAUAAGUGGCAGGAUGACCUGAGUAAAUGGAAGACCCGGCGCAGGAGUGUCAACUCUGACAUAGUGAAGAAAAAAGAGGAGAGGGAGAAGAUAGAGCAGAUCACCACCAGCAGCAGCAACAGAAGGUCCAAGACCUUCAGGGAGAUGCAAGAGGGGAGAGAAAAUAGAAACAGCAUUGGCAGCGGUCUCGGAUCCUUAUCCUACCUGGACGACGAAGACGUGUUUGAUAAACCCGUCAUUUCCCCACGUACCCGAACCCUUCCUGCCAGGAGCUACACCAUUGACACUCCAUACUUUUCAUCUGAACCCUCUGAGCCUCCCAUUAAAGAGGACGAACCCCCCGCUGCCUCCCCAGCAACUGGCAGGGCAGCUUCCCCUCCCACCUCACGGGACACCGUGGACAGUCCUGCAGGCAGCGACGCCACGACUACCAUCACUCCCCGCAGCCGCCGCUUUGUCCCCAGCUCCCAGCCUCCAGCACCUUUACAGCCAAGUCCAGUCUCAAAACCCACCAGCACUGUCAAGCCAGAGGAGACCACAACCACCGUGUCCUCCUUUAGCUCCCUAGAAAAGGUGCCCAAGCCAAGGCGCCCAUUGUCGGGCACACAGACUGAGGUGGGGGCCCCCUCCUCUGGUUCUCUGUACAAACAACAACCACAGCCCAGCUCAAUGGAACCCAAGCCUCCCGGGGUGUCUCGGGUUUCUGCCUCCCUCCCUAGGAGCUACCAGAGAUCGGAUAGCGCACGUCUAACCUCAGUUGUCACGCCAAGGCCCUUCGGGACCCAGUCGUCCCGCCUCAGCUCACUCCCCCGAGCCUUUACAAUGGAUGAUGCUCAGAAGCGAGUCAAUGGAGGCACCGAUGUUUCCAAGAAGUCAUCAGUGCCGAGCCGCUAUCACCAGUUCAUGACCUCUGAGGACGAGAAUCAGUCCAGCUCGGCCCAGAGCAGUGAGGAUGAGGAGGAGGAAGAGGAGAAAGAAGACAAGACCACAGCGAAGAGCAUCACCUCAGCUAAGAGCGUCUCACCUGUCCCUCCGCAGGUCAAGAGUGAAGCACCGCUCAGUCCUGCUCCAGCCAAAGAAACCAGCCAGGAGAACUACUGUGAGAGGCGGAUCAGCCUGAACCAGAAACCCAACAGCAGCAGAGACUUUGGUUUCCAGGCAGCCUGGGACUCAACAGGAGCUCGUGUCACGUCCAUCCAGCCAGGCAGCCCGGCAGAGAUGUGCCAGCUUCAGACCGGAGACGAGGUGCUGACGGUGAACGGACACCAGGUGGCAGAAAUGAGCUACACAGAUUGGAAGUCUCACAUGGAGGAGGCUCUGCAGGAGGGCAGUCUGGUCAUGGAUAUACGCCAUCAUGGCAAGAACAACUGGGACAGAGAUCAACCUUCCCUGCCAUUUAAAAGCCAUAAGACCAUCAAUCUGACCAGUAUGGAUCAUCCGAUACUUCUAGGUUCCACCGACACAAACGCUGUCAGCUCCAGUCUGGAUUUCACCUCACGGGCUUCCGUGGAAAAGAUGCCGUCCAGAGAGGCCCCUGCCCACCCAGUUGUUGAUGUGGCUUCAAACGGAGUUAAUGGAGGUUUCCGGGAGCAGCCGGUGACCAUGAGGAGCAAAGAGUCAGAACCCAUAUCUUUGAAAAACUUAAAACGGAGGUCAGAGUUUUUUGAACAAGGAGGAUCGGAGUCUGCAAUGCCAGAUAUUCCUGUUCCUUCAAUCACUCCGUCUUCCAGCCGCUGGUCCUGGGACCCAGAGGAGGAGCGCAGAAGACAAGAGAAAUGGCAGAAGGAGCAGGAGCGCCUCCUACAGGAGAAAUAUAAGCGUGACCAGGAGAAGUUGCAGGAGGAAUGGCUAAAAGCUCAGCAGGAGGUUGCCAAGAGUGAAGCCCAACAAGAGUCUGGGAGCCUGGAAGUGAACAGCCACAGCAUCAGCCCACGCUCCCCCCUCUCUCCUGUGAACCAGCCCUCCUCUGCUCCGUGGGAAGAGGAAGAGAGAAAGAGGAAGGAGGAGCAGGAGCGCCAAAGGCAGGCGGAGGAGCAGGAGCGCCAAAGGCAGGCGGAGGAGCGGGAGCGCCAAAGGCAGGCGGAGGAGAGGAGGAAGAGGGAAGAAGAGGAGAGGGAGCUGCAACGUCUACAGGAGGAAAGGCAAAAGAGAGAGAGGCAGGCAGAGGAGGAGAGGAAGAGGAGGGAGGAGGAAGAGCUGAGAUGGCAGAGGAGGAGAGAGGAGGAGAGGGAGGAGGAGAGGAGGAGGCAGGAGGCUGCAGAGCAGCAGCGCAGAGAGCGGGAGAGAGCCUUGGAGCAGCAGCAGUGGGCUGCUGGCUCCCAUGGCUUUGCAAAUGUCCAGCCGUCAUUGUCCUUUGCAGACAGGGCGAAAUCUAAAUCAACUUCCCAGCUUGAUGAAGAGGAAAAACCUCAGAGAAAAGUGGCGGGCAGCGGACCGGGUGAGAGGAAGGGUCAGCUGUCCUUGUCGCAGGCAGAGCUGGAGCGGCAGCAGAUCCUGAAUGAGAUGAAGAAGAAGACGUCGCUGCUGACGGACGGAAGCUGGAUCCGCCAGCGCUCCUCCAACACUGUCAAGGAGACGGAGGAUGUGCCACCCAUGCGCAGAGGCGAGUCUCUUGACAACUUGGACGCCUCCUACAACUCGUGGCGUUCAUCUUGGACACCCAGAAGCAACUCUCACAUCCCAAACUACUCUCGGCCUCACUCUGCCCUCUCUGGCAGCUCUUCUUUUUACGGUGGCGGGCGGUCCGGCUCCUCCACUCUGCCUUCCUCCUACUCCAUGAGCUCCCUCCGAGGUGGGGCAGGAACCCCCUCGUCCCCUUGGUCCCGGCAGUCGCCUUCCCCCUCACCCUCCUCCCCGUCACCCGCCACCUCUCCAGAGCCGACGUCUGAGGCAGGCGCCCCUCAGCAGCGGAGCAGGUCAGUGAGUGGCAAGAAAAUCUGUACGUUCUGUGACGCCCCGCUGGGAAAGGGAGCAGCCAUGAUCAUCGAGUCCCUCGGGCUCUGUUAUCAUUUGGGCUGUUUUAAGUGUAUCGACUGUAAGUCUGACCUCGGAGGAUCGGAAGCCGGGGCUGAAGUCAGAAUACGAAACAAACAGCUCUACUGUAACUCCUGCUACGUGCGAUUUAAAGCUGGCCAGCCAACCUCUAUGUGAUGUGACUAUACUCCAGCAGAUUGAUGAAGAGACUACUUAUGACAACAACCCAUGAACACUUAAGUGAACAUUGAAGCCAUUGCAAAUAGCUGGGACGUGUGGUUUGGACGUACUUCCAUUUAUGACUAAAAAUCUCCUCACUGAUGAGAAUUAUAUUCACUUUUUUUUUUCCAGUGUGUGAUUGAGAGGGUAAGCUUGCAAAAACAUUAUGUACUUUAAUGUGUUUAUAUCAUAAUAAGUAUUACUGUUGUACAAAGUGUAAGGGUUCUGCAUGCACCAGAGUUUUUAAAUGUUUUAGCCACGAAGCUAGUCAAAAUUGUCUUUAAGAUUAUUGAGACAGAUGUUUUCACUGAGAGGUUUUAGAGAGUUUUAAAGGAAUCCUGCAGGAUUGUCUUUGCUUCUUUUUGCGCUAAGUCUUGUGGUAUUAACUCAUUUGUCGAUCAUCUUAUCGUGUCGAUGUGCCUUUUUUCGUUUGUAACAGGGAGAAGUAAUUAAUAGAAAUCUUUCACAAAUAUAUUUAAAAAACCGUCUACUUGGAUAGCACUUAUCUGGAGUUUUCACUGAUAGAUGGAUUGUACACAUAAGCAGGUUUCCGUGUGAGGAAUACAGUAUAUCAUACUGAAUGGCAUUGAGGCAAACCGUAACAUUUGUAAAUAAAAUGUUUAAAUGCU